AUGGGAGUGAAUGGCUUUGUGGGACAGCCUCUGACUUACGUGUGCCUGCGGGCUCCAGGACAAGCACCAGGCACCUACAACACGAUCACCACCACCACGGACUGCGCUGGCCACCAGACAGUCAACUACGAGUACAUUCCUGCCAACGGCCCCGGCAUCUCGCGCAACAACAACAACAACUGCAAUGGAGGCAGCGCCAACACGCUGUCCAAUGCCAUGACCACGACAAACAACAACAACAAUGCCGGCGGCGGCGGCACGUUGACUAACAACAACAUGAACUCUGGGGGAACCAUUACUAACAACAACGGCCUCGCCGAUGCGGCUGCGCGGCGGCAGCCGGUGGUAGGCUCUCUCGUGGCGUUCGCGCCCGCGCCCGGGCCGAUGGCCGACGCCGCGCUUGCGCCGUCGGCCGCGGCCGCCGGCGCGGCGGCCGACCCGGCCAUGGGAGCUCCUUCCACCAUCACCAACAACAACAUGAACGGCGGCGCCGCUGCAAGCAACCCCAACCUGGUGGGCUUCACUCCGGCUGUGCCGGCCCAGCAGACAGGCGGCGUCACAAACAACAAUAUGAAUGGCCCGCAGGCAGGCACCGUCAACAACAACAACAAUGGGCCAGUUGCCACUUCCACAGGGGCGACCCAGCCGCAGCCGCCGCCGGCCGGGACGUACAACACCAUUACUACGAUUGCUGACUGUCAGACUGGCACGCGCGUGGAGUACACAUAUGAGCCUGCCAACGGCCCCGGCAUCACUCGCAACAACCAGAACACCUGCAACUCCCCCGGCAGCAACACCAUCACCAACAACAAUGGCUAAACCAAGUUGUUUGGAUUUUGAAUAUAAACCGGCGCCGCGGAGGUUUCCGUGACCUGAGUUCGAUAGGGCUGGGUUUGGUGGCACAGUUUCAAGCAGCUUAGAGGAGGCAUUGCCUGAGUGCUGCGGGUUGCGCUAGCAUGCUCUGAUCACAGUUCCUGGUUACUGGUUGCAUGCUUUGGAGGUGGCUGUCAUCAAAGGCAUGUUGUGCAAGCUGGAAGUGACGGUAGCCCACCAUCACCAAGUGUGUGAAAGUUCUGCAUAAUUGUGCUGGCUGGGUGCAGGGCAGUAAUUGGGCAAGACGUGCCCUUUCAAUGGAAUGGAACAGACUCAAGUUUUGAUGGUGAGGAUGCUGCACGUUGUCACUGCUCUGAGCUGGGGUUCUAAUGAGAUGAGGAGAGGAAACAUCAAGCACUGUUGGUUUGUUGAGCACGGAGGCCUGAGCGCUCUGUGAAAUACUGUGUGGGUACAUUUUGCUGGGCUUUUUGAAAAGACUGUUUGGAAGCUUAUGAAGUGUUCAUGUGUCAGGCGACAGCAUCAGCUCAUCUUGUGCCAGUCACAGCCUUCUGACUGUGAUCAGACAGCAAAUUUUGUUAUCAUUGCAAGCUUUCGAUUUCAAGCCAUGUAGCAUGUUGGUUGUUCAAAUGAUGCAUGAACCCAAGAUUGUAAUGUCGUGAGCGUCUGCC